AUGCUCGGAACGAAGCUGGUCUUCAGAGCGUCAUCGAUACAGUGGGGGAUCCUCGUUCUCGACGGCAGGAACAAGCUAAACCUCCAGGCACACAGCGCACAGCGAGAAGCUGCACAAUCACACACAAAACACAAGCCCGAAAAGAACCAGCACUGCUGGCACCCAGACGCGGCAGGCGGCCAGCCCAAGCGCGAAGCCGCGCAGACAAGCAGCCGAAGGGUCAGGCAAUCAAGCAACAAGCAGCAGGAGCAUGCAGGAGGAAUAAAAUCCCUUAGACGCGAUACCCGGAGGCAGCCGACUGACCACUGGCAGAAGGUAAAAAGUGCCUCAAGCGCCAGCCCAAGCGCGAAGCCACGCAGACAAAAGGUCCUGGCUCGCAAACGCGCCGCCACCUAUCAGCGCCUCACCAUGCAGCUGACGCUGGAGGCGCUCUUGUCUGGUGCCAGGCGCAUGACGCCCUUGCGGAAGCAAGCACUUCUCGAGCCAGAGGACAGCUCCUCCUCGGACUUUGUCGAGUCGCCCGAGGGGGAGUCUUCGCCGGAGGCUGCUUGUCUGCGCGGCUUCGCGCUUGGGCUGGCGAUGCCGCGUCUGGGUGCCAGCAGUGCUGUUCCUGCAGGCACUUCGUGCCUGAUGACGGACCUGCUGCUGAGGAACAAGCUAAACCUGCAUGCUCCUGCUGCUUGUUGCUUGAUCGGAAACACGUCGAGUGGCGCCGACGAUCGGCGCGGAGCUGGCGAGGCGUCUCCGUCCCUCACUGUGACGUCGGGUGCCUCCGGAGAGCUCGACACCACUGGGGUGCUUGCUGCUGGUCCGAGAUCGCCUGCUUCCUCCCCGGCAUCGGUCGGGUCACGCCGGUCCUUGGGCAUUGCUGCGGCGUCGCCGCCGUCACGGGCGGCUACCACUGACUCGGCUACCGCUGACUCGGAGGCUAGCGAGGAGGACUACCUCGAGCGGCUGCUUGUCUGCGAGGCUUCGCGCUUGGGCUGGCGCUGCCGCGUCUGGGUGCCAGCAGUGCUGGUUCUUUUCGGGCUUGUGUUUUGUGUGUGA